GGAAUAAGGGCAAGCCCUCUUUCUAUAGGCUGCUAUCGCGGCCGAGCAUCCUCAAGGGGUUUAGGGUUUUGUUUGGAUUGAGCCGGACCUCCGAACAGAGCGAAAAGUAGGGAAAGGAAAUGGAGGAGCGACCCGGGAACCAGGAAAUUGAUAACCCGGAUGUGACGAACAAGAAAAGCUUCGAGCCCUCUUCUGCUUUGGCCUACCUCGAUCCUCAAUACUGGAAUAAUCGGUUUUUCAACGAGGAGCACUAUGAGUGGUUCAAAGAUUACUCUCACUUUCGACACCUCAUUCAAGCCCAUAUUAAACCCAACUCUUCUGUUUUGGAAUUGGGUUGUGGAAACUCUCAGUUGUGUGAAGAAUUAUACAAAGAUGGUAUCACAGAGAUAACAUGCAUAGAUUUGUCAUCUGUUGCAGUGGAGAAGAUGCAGAAAAGAUUACUUUCUAAGGGAUACAAAGAAAUAAAAGUGCUGGAAGCUGACAUGCUAGACCUCCCCUUUAGCAACGAGUGUUUUGAUGUGGUUGUUGAGAAAGGAACAAUGGAUGUAUUAUUUGUUGACGGCGGUGAUCCCUGGAAUCCACAGCCUGCAACAGUGACCAAGGUCAUGGCAAUGCUUGAGGGCGUUCACAGAGUUCUAAAAGCAGAUGGUCUUUUGAUAUCGAUUUCUUUUGGUCAGCCUCACUUCAGGCGUCCUUUGUUUACUGCUCCUGAAUUUAAUUGGUCUAUGGAGUGGUGUACUUUUGGUGAUGGAUUCCAUUACUUUUUCUAUAUAUUGAAAAAGGUUAGUCCAUUUUCUAUCUGUAUCUUUGCUCUUAAGACUUGUGAGGCAUUUGGUUUGGUUUAUUUUUCAGAUACAAGCACAUAGAACUUUUUUUUUUCUUUUGAAGGAAAGAAAGCAGGUAUGGUUU